ACUAAAAUGGCGUGGUCCUAUCAUUAUUGCCUUCUUCUGUCCGUGUUAGUGGUUUCUCUCUGCUGUAAACCAGUGUCCAGCAACUGGAGUCAGUGGUUACAGUGGUCAGCAGAGCCGUGCUCCGUCACGUGCGGAACGGGCGAGAAGGUCAUGACCAGGUCAAGAUUCUGUCAGAACGCCGAAAAUAACUGCCCAGGACCCAGGGUGGACAAGCACACGGCCGUUUGUAACGCCGGGGUAACAUGUGCAGAGUUAAGUUGCUACGAGUGUAAUAUCUUUGCCAAUGGCAAACUCGUCCCCUGCACUGAAGCCAGAGUGGAAACAGGCUGCCGAGCGUGUAUGAAGUCCUUCACAUUGAUUCGUGUGCACGACAGAAUAGGAGAAACGAACGAUAUGUCUGUGGAGUCACGACUCUGUCUGCGGGACAGUCACUACAAGAAAGUGUCCGAGGAGGGAUGUGAAUACAAGAAGGCCAACGGUGGAUUCAGCGCUCUGUGUUUUUGUAUGUCGGACAAAUGUAACAGUGGUAUGCGGCAAGGUUCAUCUCUCGGCCUUAUUGUUUUAAUUGGAGUUUCAUGGACGUUUCUCUAUCGUCAUUAGCUGGCAAGCAACUUUGUUCCUGGCCGUCUACGGACUCGGUGAUUCAUAAAUAAUUCAUGCAUGUUGCAUGUUGCCUAUUUUAAAUGUUGUACCUUAUAUGCGGCGUGGAAUAAUUAACAUUAAGCUUUGGCGCAAGUAAAUAGAAGUAAUAAUUAAAACCAUAAUAGUCACUUGUGUGCAAUGUUCUGCUCACUGACUUUUCUAGAUCUUCAGAAAUUUGUACCUAAGUAUUAUGGCUACACACAGCACAAUCAGUGUCAUAUGCUGACGUUAUGUAUGCUAGCUAGGUAUUUAAAGCAGUAAAAUCAUCAUGAUCAUCAUUAUCAACACACACACACACACACACACACACACACGCACAGAUUGCCAUGUAGACCAGCUUAGCCUAAAUGUAUAUUA